UAUUUUUCCGCGAAGACACGCAGGUACGUGGCUCUUCAUCAUGUGAGGACAGCGCGCUGCAGUGGGACAUAUGGAGGACCUGGGCAGCUCCUGGUCGGAGCCCGGGCCGCCUUUGCUGACGACAGCGGCGGCUAACGCGAGCUGGACGGCGGGAGCAGGGUCCGCAGUGUCCGGCCGGACACAACUGGUCCUGGAGAUCCUUAUCGUGCUGAUGUGUGUGGGAGCUGUGACAGGUAAUAUCCUUGUUAUCGUUAUUGUGGCUGCAACCAAGACGCUCCACUCCGUGACAUCAGUGCUGAUCAUGAACCUCGCCGUCAGUGACCUCCUGGUGGGCGUUGGAGUCAUGCCGUUUGUUGCUCUGUCCGUCACGAACCACAGAUGGGUGGACUAUCAUGACCUUUGUUUGUAUGUGGGUUACACCUCCUCUGUGUAUUGCACAGCUUCUGUCCUGACGGUAGCUGCUAUUGCCCUUGACCGCUACCACUCCAUCAUGGACUGCCUUCGCUACAGCUCCCGCUGCACCCUGUGGAGAACCUGCGCUGUGGUCCUGUGGAUCUGGCUGCAGGCUCUGGCCACAAGUUGCCCUCCUCUACUGGGUUGGAGCUCCAUCACUUAUGUGGUCCCCAUGUGCAACUGUGCAGUCAACUGGGCCAGUAGUCCCAGUUACACUGCUGUAAUGGCCUCCCUCUCCUACCUCUUACCUGCGGUGGUCAUCCUCUUCUGCUACCUGAACAUAGUCAAGGUGGCGCGUAGCCACGCCAGGAGGAUUCACACACUGGAGGACUCUGUCCAGCGAAGCAGGGAUCCUGCUCCUGGUGUUUCAGCUCACCGAAACUGUGAGGGACUCCACAGCCCCACGACACUGAUCUGUCACAUCAGUGGACAGUUUGUGUCUGAUGUCAGGAGAGAAGAUGUAAACAUUAUCAGCCCCUCUCUCCAAACUACUGCUCCAGAGCAGAAUAACUCCAUGUCCAGACGUUUAGUCUCCUUCCUUGCUCAAAGCACCUCCCAAACACCUCCACAGAACUCCCAGCAGCACCAGAACCACCACGGAGUGGCGCGCCUCUUCCUGGUCAUCUCAGCCUUCUUCCUCUGCUGGACACCUUACAUAGGUGUGGCCCUGGUUCAGGCCACAGAAACUGCAAUUUCAGGCCAAUCCACACUCAUCCCACCUUGUGCCGUGACUUUCUCGUACUGGAUGGUGUUGCUGAACUCAGACAUCAAUCCUCUUCUGUAUGCUCUGCUCAGCAAACGUUUCCAGAGCGCACUGGAGGCACUAAGGCAAAAAAUCCGAGCACGCUUGGGGAGUGUGGUGGGCAGGGAGGGGGAGGUCAGGGCUGAGGGAGACAAUGGCAAGGGCAGCGAGCCCUGCACCCAAAACACCACCCAUUCAGGUCCACCUUCCAACUCUGAGAGUUCAAACUCUGAUUUCUCCAAGUAUUCCCCCUCCAUUUAUACAGUACAGGAGCAUAUAUGCAAAGUGUAUCAAACCUCCUCACUCCCCAUGUGGUCAGAAGCUGGUCGUGACAGGAGGACGGACUGCCUGCAGGUCCCCUCUCUGCCACAAGAGGGCAACAGACUGCCUUUCUCUGCUCUUACCAGAGAGCGCCAGGCCACUUUCUUCUACGGCCAAAUAACAGUGAGAGUAGAGCAUGAUGUUGGUUAAUUAUCUGCAGAUGCUGUUCCAGAAACAGUACAUGUCACAUCAGACUUAACAGUUGUUGUCCUUAUUGAAUGAAAUUAAGUGACAUCUUGGCCCCGCAACACAAUAUGUACCCUGGAGCUCAAGUUAGCAUGAGAUCAUUAUACUUUAAAAUAAAACCAGCAAAGAUUCAUAUGUGGAAAGCAGCCAUCAUCAGUCAGUGGUAGAGUGUGUAAGUAAGAAGUAAGAAAGACUGUUUUCUUAACUUGCUGCUAAUUCUUCUUCUUCUUCUUCUUCUUAAAUUCACCAUAAAUGUGACAUAGCACGUUCAAAUGUCUAAUUUGACCAACAUAUUCAGUUUACACACACGACAAAGAAAUACCAGUCAAUAUUGAUAAUAUCUGCAGCUCGAUGUUAUAUCGAUCAUGUGAUCAACUAAUCAUUGUCUAUUUGGCUGAAAUCAAUAUUCAGCUUUUCUGUUUGCAUUUUGCAUUGAUCUGUAACAAAGAGUGUGAGGUGGUAACAAAACUAGAGAAGGGACACUCUUGAAAAUGAAAUCUUUUAUAUCUAGUACAUGUGAUAACACUUCCAGCCAUAGAUCAAAUAAACCCCAUCAUUUAUUCACUCUAAA